AUGCAGUCCCACAUCUGCUCCAUCGUCCCCCCUUACCUCCUGCGGGGCAUCGCCGAGAGCCAGUCCAACGACGACAAAGCCCGCCAAGGCGCCCGCAACUGUCUCGCCCACCGCGAGCGCGUCACCACCAAGCGCGCCGAGCGUUUCCGGCUGCUGAGCCAACCCCCCGCUACCCGCGCCGCCGCUAACAUCCACCGCGGCCACCGCAACAUCGUGCCCGAGGUGCUGUUGCAGCACAUCGCCGACUCGGGCGAUGUCGACGACAACACCAAGGCGCGCGCCCGCGGGGACAUUGAGCGCACCCGUCGCGUGACUUCGGCGUACCAGAAGAGCCUCAAGGGUGAAAAUGUUGACCAACCAGACCCCAAGGACGGUGGUGUCACUGCUACCAAGGCCGGCGGCAAAACCGGCGAUGACAACACGGGUGAUGACGCGCCCCCCAAGGACCCUGGAUCGUCCGGUUUCUACCGCGCCGUGUACGACGCCAAGCACUCGGAGGACGAGUCGACCCUGCCCGGCGAUGUGCUGCGCGUUGAGGGGCAGGCGGCCGUGAAGGACGAGACGGCCAACGCUGCGUUUGACAACGUCGGGCGCGUGCUGGAGUUCUACCUGGAGCAGUUCAAGUGGAAGAGCAUUGAUAACAAGAACCAACAUGUCAUCAGCUCGGUGCACUUUGGCCAGGCCUACGGCAACGCCUUCUGGGACCCCGAGAUUGCGCAGAUGGUGUUUGGUGAUGGAGAUGAUUUCAUUGGCAACUUUGCCACCUGCAUCGAUGUCAUCGGGCAUGAGCUGACGCACGCCGUGACGGAGCACACCAGCCCGCUCAACUACGACGCCCAGCCCGGCGCGCUCAACGAGCACGUCUCAGACGUCUUCGGCAUCAUGAUCAAGCAAAAGUACGAGGACGAGACCGCCGACAAGGCCGACUGGCUCAUUGGCGAAGGCUGCCUCCUCCCAGGCGUCAAGGGUGUUGCCCUCCGCAGCAUGAAGGCUCCGGGAACCGCCUACGACGACCCGCGUUUUGGCAAGGACCCCCAACCAGCCAACAUGUCCGACUACAAGCCGACGACCGACGACAACGGCGGCGUGCACCUGUACAGCGGCAUCCCCAACAAGGCCUUCUACCUGGCCUCGGUCGCCUUCGGUGGCUACUCGUGGGAGAAGGCCGGGCAGAUCUGGUGGAAGACCAUGAGCGCCGGGCGCGUGCCCGCCAGCUGCACCUUUGUGCAGUUCGCUGAUGCUACCGUGGAUACGGCUGAGGAGCUGUUUGGGGCGGACGCGGCGAAGACGGUGCGGGAUGCAUGGAAUCAAGUGGGCGUUACCAGGAAGAAUUAG